GAGGUUACAGACUUGGCAGCAGCAAGCAGCCAGGGCGAGAGUGUCCACUGGGCCUUAGGAUUCCAGGGGCGCUGUGAGGAGUCCCUGACAGGCAGCAGGAGUGCAAAGAGCAGACGAUGGUGGGGGCACCAAGCUAGGGCUGGGACUGAAUGUGUUUCCUCAUCACCUCCUUCCUCGUUGUGUCUGGUGAGCAGAAAAUGAUCAAUGCCUUAACUGUGAUUAUUAGAGAAAGAGAGAUAAACACACAGACAACCAGCAUGAGGGGAGACAUAGUGAGGAACAGACUGAGGGGAGGGCAGGAGUGGAGGGAAUUAUAAAGCUGAGGAAACAGUGAUUGCAGGCUGCAUAGGGAAUGGGAAAGACUGGAUGAGACAGGAGGUCAAGGUGGAAGAGAGGAGAGCCCGGCAUGCAGAGGUCAAAGCUGUGUCUUCCACCCAAAAAUGGGGGCUGAGCUCAAGAGCAUGGCCAUCCUGUGAGUGACCACAAGGAAGAAUCAUUUGCAACAUGGAGGGGGAAAAAGGCCAAAAUGAUAAAGGAAGUUGCUGACCUCAAGGAGGUGGAGACGGGGAGGUCCUGCCCUUACUCAGUCCUCCACAUAAGAAGGCCCAGAGAAUGUGGGACACUUUAUCCUGAUUCUCUCCUGACUUCUUAGUACCCGAGGAUCCCUCCACGGGGCCUCCUCUUCUGCCUGAUGGUUCUGCUGGUCUCACUUCCUGGAGGCAUUCCGGACAUGGCUUGGGUCCUGCUUCUGCUGCUGCCAGCAGCCUGCCUGCAAGCUGGAAAAACAACAGGAUCCUACAGAGAAAGAUAUUUUGGGGUCCUCCAACCUGCACGCCUCUGUGCUCUCCAGGGCGGCUUCAUCGAGAUCCCCUUCUCCUUCUACUUCCCCUGGGAGUUGGCAAAGGAUCCACAGAUGAUGAUUCUCUGGAGAUGGAAGGAGUUCCAUGGGGAAUUGAUCUACAACUCUUCCUCGGGUUUUAUACAUAAGCAUUUUGAGGGCCGGUUCAUCCUAAACUGGACACAGCCUCAGACAUCAGGAGUCCUCAGAAUCCUGGACUUGAAGGAGAAGGACCAGACAAUGUACUUCUGCCGAGUUUGUCUGAAAACAACAAAGAGCAUGGAGGUUUUUCAGUCGAUCAAAGGGACCCAUCUCACCAUCAUCCAUGCCCCCACGACCACCUCUCCAAGCCCCACCACUGCAACAUCUGCACGCACCAAAAACGUCCACACAGCAACAGAAGGUCAGAUGAGUGGAGAAAAUCAGAUCCAGGAUCUGGGAACCAGAGUUGGGUUGGCAGUGGCUGCUGCUGUACUCCUGGCUGGAGUUUUGGAAUUGAUUGUGUUCAUCAGGUGGAAGAGGAGGAAAGGCCAGAGGACUAAAGCCGAAACCCCAGCCAGGGAACUCAUUGAAAACACUGAGAAAUGUGAGAAAGUUGAGCCCGAAGAGCAAUAUAUGGACCCCAAAGAGAACCCCAAGGACAACAACAUCGUGUAUGCCUCCAUUGCCCUCUCAAGCCCAACCUCCCCAGGAACACCAGGCUGCCCGCCUGUCCAUGAGGACCCCCAGGAAGAAACUGUAUACUCCAUCGUAAAGGCCAAAUGAGCGGGUCUGGGGGACCAUCUCAGAGUCACCUUUGCUUCUAGUAGGAAGACUCCCAGCUUCCGCUGAUACCCACAGAGUCAGAUGCUUACAGGUCACAGAUACCCAUGGCCAGAACAGAAAUUCACACGUCAGGGAGUUUGAAUUCAGAGAAACUGAGAAACUCUCAUUUCCCCUUUCUAACUUCCGAGGCCUUUCUCACAAAAAUAAAAAGAUCCACUGAAUUUAUCUAAA